GUGUAAAUAGUGAAAUCAGGCGGCUAUUUGUGUAAAAAUGCCAUUACUAAAUACUCUAUCUCUCUUCGUUUCAACUAAUUUUGAUUUUUUCAGGCACUAAGAAUAUCUUGGCAUAUGUUUUCUGCAGGCUUUGAUUGCAAUAUCGGAAGUAAGCAAAGAAAUUUUGAAGGACAAUUCAGAUUUCUUCCCAAUAAAACCAAUGGAUUACGGGCGUUUUCUUGUAAUAUCAAUAGGGACAGGAUCUGCAAAAUGGGAACAUAAAUAUAAUGCAUCAAUGGCAGCCAAAUGGGGUAUUGUGAAUUGGUUAUUUCACAAAGGUUCCACACCACUAAUUGAAGUGUUCUUCCAAUCAAGUGCUGAUUUGGUUGAUUACCAUAAUUCUGUUGUUUUCCAAGCUCUACACAGUGAUAAUAAUUACCUUCGAAUUCAAGAGGAUGAACUGAGCGGAACAGAAGCCUCAGUGGAUAUAGCCACAAAGGAAAAUUUGGAAAGGCUAGUGGAAAUAGGGCAAAAUUUACUAAAAAAGCCACUUUCAAGGGUAAAUUUGGAAACAGGUUUGACGGAACCAAUUCCUAAAGGAGGAACUAAUGAAGAAGCCCUUAUAAGGUAUUAAAACAUUGAUAAUACUUUGAUAAAUUAAGAGUGGGAAAUAUG